AUGGGUUCUAUUUGUAAGCAAGGCCAAAAAUCUUAGAAUGAAAAAGAAAUCUAGAUUGAGAUUUAGUUUACUAAUUCUAAAGAUAAAUUUGAAGCAAGACAUAAGACUGCUAGCAACUAAUAUAAUUGUUAAAGUACUAGGUAACUUACAUUUCGCAAUGAUGUUGCUUCAAAAUUUAUUAGUUUAAGUUAAUCAUCUGAUUCAGAACCAAAUUAAGAUAAUGACCGUGGGGAUAAAAGAUCAUUUUUCUCAAAUUUUUAGACAUUUUAAGCGAUGCCUUCUCAAAAAUCCUCGAAAUUUGUUUCUCCUUAAUUUACAUUUUUAGGAGAUGAAACAUCAAUUGAGAACUAGUUCCAAAAUAAAUUAUAGACUAGAUAAUUAGAGUGA